CCUUUACCAACUUUACCUAACGUUUGUUUCCCUAUAAAUUGCGGAGUUUCGCAAUAAUGGUGUCAAUUCGUUGUUAGUUAGGUUAGGCAAGAUGGCGGCCCUUCCCGCCUUUUUAGUUUUGUUCCUGUACGUCUCUUUAGCGUCAGGCUACACUUUGUUACGAGAUGACGAGAACGAAAUAGUUUGGCCGUCCGUAUACUACUUCAAGGGGGAAAAGCUUAACUUCAAAUCCUCUUUGAAAGAAAACUUUGAGAUGUGGUACAAUGCUGAACUGAACCGCUCCAGGAUCGAUUUCUACGACGGAACAGUCCAGAAGUAUUAUUACGGUGACACUGGAUACGAAUAUGUGAAACACCCAUACACCACGGAGGAGGUGACCAACGGAGAAGUGUGCAUCGUUCGAUACUCGGAAGAUGAACAGAUCGACUUCCUGCCUGAAGUCUCCAGCUUCACAUACACAGGUCAGACAAUGACCUUGUACGACAAGGUGGUGGAUGUGUGGACCAGUACCGAGCCGUACGAAGAGAAGGUCGUCCGGGAGUCCACUCUGUAUGUCUUCAAGACUGAUUCCGGCGUCGAUAUUCCUGUCCAGCAUGUCAGCAAGGCGUACAACUACGACCUUGGAGAGGUGACGUCCCACGUCAUCACCAACUUCUAUGACUUCAGCGAUACUGUCGAUGAUGAGGAGCUUAACGUUGGAGACGAGGACGAUUGCGAAGGUACAUUCCUGGGCAAGGAUUUCCACAAGGACAUCAGGUUUUUCCACCCUGACAUCCCACAGGAACUAGACCUGGCUUUCGACCUAUACACCAACCACCACGGCAAGCAGUACCAAGACAGUGAACAUCAGUUUAGGAAGACCAUCUUCGAGAGCAACUGGAGGAUGGUAGAAGAACACAACCGCAAGAACCUUGGUUUCAAGCUGAAGCUGAACGCGUUCUCCGACCAAACUCCUGAGGAGGUCAGCUACCUGACUGGAACCCACAUCUCUAUGCACCAGGACCCUGACAUGAAGCCCUUCCCCCACAACCUGGCUGAGAUUGAUGAGUUGGCUGAGGAACUGCCUGAGAACUUCGAUUUGAGGAUGGAGGGCGCUGUCACUCCUGUUAAGAACCAGGGUCACUGUGGAUCUUGCUGGGCUUUCUGCACAACUGCUGCCGUGGAGGGAGCCGUCGCCAGGGCCAACGGAGACAGGCUGGUGGACCUCAGCGAACAGUCGCUCGUGGACUGUGCUUGGGGAUACGAGAACCAGGGCUGCAAUGGAGGUACCCUGGACGGUGCCAUGAAGUACGUGCUGACUCACGGCAUCCCUACAGAGGAGGAAUACGGACUUUAUGAGGCUAAUGACGGUCUCUGCCGCAUCCAGAACAUGAGCACCACGUACAACAUCCGCGGCUUCGCGCAGGUCACUCCCAGGAACCCCAACGCCCUGAAGGUGGCUCUCAACAAGUACGGGCCAGUCACUGUCGCCAUCCACGCCAGCCGGCUCAUGCAGCACUACGCUAGUGGACUGUUCUAUGAUUUCUCUUGUGACGAGACCUACCCCAACCACGGAGUCACAGUCAUCGGUUACGGUACCCGCGACGGCGAGGACUAUUGGAUCGUGAAGAACUCCUGGGGCGAGUCCUGGGGAGAAGACGGCUUCAUCCUCAUGUCUGCCAAGAACAACAACUGCUUCGUCCUCGACUCGCCAUACUACCCCAUCGUUUAAGUUAACAUUUUUAGAAUAAAUUCCACGUGCUGUUGA